GGGUGGUCUGUCCGGCCCGGACUGUCGCUUGCCAGAGCCGCCGCCGACGUCGGUUUCCCGCUCCUUCCCCUCCCGACCCGAGGCACGGAGCUGCCAGCUGAGCAUCUUCCCCUCCCCAGGGGACCUCGGGCUUCGCCCUGCAGCUCCGGCCUGUGCGGAGGGAGGGGAGGAGGGACCGGCCGACGGGCGGGAGGAUCCCCUACCCGGUACCUGGUAAAUCCCAUUGAUAAGCCUGGGGCUGAAGAUCUUCCGUUGACACUAGUCCCCUUUCUGCUCUUUGGCUCUCCAUGCGAGCCAGAGACCAAUGGAUGCCAUCGCAAGCGCCAGCCUCAAGAGGAAGUUUGAUGAUGUGGAUGUGGGUUCGCCCAUCUCCAACUCUGACGAUGAAAUCUCCAACAGCGACAGCGCGGACAGCUGCGACAGUGUCAACCCUCCCAGCUCUACCGGCUUCAUACCAACCUCCAUCUUGAAAAGGCAGAAACAAUUGCGCAGGAAGAACGUGCGCUUCGACCAGGUGACAGUGUACUAUUUUGCACGGCGUCAGGGAUUCACCAGUGUACCCAGCCAAGGCGGCAGCUCCCUGGGCAUGGCCCAGCGCCACAACUCUGUCCGCAGGUACACCCUUGGUGAGUUUGCCCAGGAACAGGAAGUGAAUCAUCGGGAAAUCCUCCGAGAGCACCUGAAGGAGGAGAAGUUACACGCCAAGAAAAUGAAGCUGACGAAGAACGGCACAGUCGAGUCAGAGGAGGCGGAUGGCUUGACUCUCGAAGAUGUCUCUGAUGAUGACAUCGAUGUAGAGAACGUGGAGGUGGACGACUACUUCUUCUUGCAGCCUCUGCCUACCAAGCGGCGCCGUGCCCUGCUCCGGGCCUCCGGUGUCCACCGCAUUGAUGCUGAGGAAAAACAAGAGCUCCGUGCCAUCCGCCUCUCGCGGGAGGAAUGCGGCUGUGACUGCCGACUGUACUGUGAUCCUGAGGCCUGUGCCUGCAGCCAGGCUGGAAUUAAAUGCCAGGUGGACCGAAUGUCCUUCCCGUGCGGCUGCUCCAGGGAUGGCUGUGGGAACAUGGCGGGGCGCAUUGAAUUCAACCCCAUCCGGGUGCGGACUCACUACCUCCACACCAUUAUGAAACUAGAGCUGGAGAACAAACGGCAGGUGAGCCGAUCCCAGACUUUGGAGGAGGAGCCCCCUCACGGCUCCAGCAACGACUGGCUGGGAACACAGCCCUCGGAGACGCAGGACUUCCAGGAGUUCAUGGCGGAGAACGAAACGGCAGUUAUGCACCUGCAAACGGCCGAGGAACUGGAGAGGUUGAAGGCUGAAGAGGACUCCAGCAGCGGCUCCAGCGUGGAAAGCCUCGGCGUGUGCAUCCUGGAGGAGCCCCUGGCAGUGCCAGAGGGCAUGUGCCCAAGCCUGGCUGCGCCCAUCCUCAUUCAAGCCCAGCUACCCCCGGGCUCCUCGGUUCUUUGCUUCACGGACAGCACUGAGCAAGCGAGCUCAGCGGAGGGUGACCAGCCCUACUUGAACAGUGGGCCUGUUGUCUAUUACCAGGUCGACCAAAGGUCGGUGCUAGGGGUGAAGGGAGAGAGCAAUGCAGAGGAGCCUGAGACCCCAUCUCGAUACACAGAAGAGAAGGAGCUCAGUGUCUACUCUGUCCCUGUUACCUCGCUGAUGCCUUGCGGCAGAGCAGCGGCCACUGGAAGGGUGGAGACGGGAAAGGCUGCUAUAUCCCCAGAUCCCCUGCCUUCUGAAAGCGGUCGAUCCGAUGUCCCCCCACCAAGUCCGCCGUUCCGUGCAAAUGUGCCACAGGACAGUUUGUGUCCCCAGGGAGUGGGGCCACCCCCAGAGAGAGCCUGUGAGCUGCCUUCCGCAGAGGAACGCUCUCUGGGACCCGCCCUGGCUGUGUGAGGCAUCGCAGUCCAUCGCAGCUCUUAUCCUAAAGUCUAUUUAUUGACAGAUUUUAUCUGAUGGCCACGGCCGCCACGGAUUAUUUAAUGGGGGAUGGGAUGGCUACUUUGUACAGGCUUAUUAUAAAGUGAACUAAACUAAGCUCUUGUGGCUGCCUCAAGGGGGGGAGAGGUUCCCUCCUGCGGAUGGAGGGGGGGGGCGCGAGCUGUCAGUGCUGGAGUCGCUGGACCAUAUACAGGGAUAUACAGUCUCAACAGAACUCCUGGCGCGGAUGUAUGGGGAGGUCUCCUCACCCCUUCCUGCGUGGACCAAACAUGAAUGUGUCUCUCGUGUAAGCAAUAGAGCGCAGCUGCCUUUUCUUAAAGCGCUUACUAUGGGCUUGAGAAUGGGGGAGGGUCCGGCAAGGAAGAUGGCUGUAUGGUAUCAAAGGUCCAUGUGUGUGGUGCUGGAGGGUCUUUCCAUCCUGCUUCUCGCCCCGAGCGAAGCUGCCGCCGUCUGUAUCACGCUGUCCGUCAUCUUCAGUGCUGUCUUUUCUGGAAACUGUGACCAGACCAGCUCGAAGCGCUCCAGCCGGUUGCACAACUGAAGCUCUCUACAAUCUCUUUAUUUAUUUGAAUGCUUGCUGCCCUUCUUUCCCUGGAGGAGCUUUUUUUUUUUUUUAAAGUCAGUUUAAUAAGGAUUAACUUUGACCCUGACUGGGUUACAUCUAUGGUUUGGCAUGCAAGUGUCGUGCAGAAACACUUUCGUCCUGGAGUCGCCUGCCUCUGCCGGUGGCUUCGUCCAAACAGGACCCCCCCCCUCUCUCUCUCUCCAUCUUGCUAGCCUUUGCAUGGGCUGGAGGGAUCAAUCAGUUUUAAAUGUUCUUUUUUUAAAUUGAGCUGAAUGUUUACUGGGACAUCCUGUGAUCUGUUGCUGACACCCCAAUCUCCGCUCUCAGCUGGGGGUGCGGCUGCCUCCUCUGGUUUUAUCCCUCCUUGAAUCUGGUUCAAUGAACAAUGACUUCACUGGGGAGGGGAGGGAGGGAUGAGCUUUUCCUUGGAGCUGUAAAAUCUCUUAUCAGGUCCUGAAGUUUUGGGCACCAGUGUAGGAUAUUCAAGUUACUUACCCUUCCGUCCUACGGUUUUACGAGUUACAUUCUCUCUUUGGUCCCCUCCCCCGCUUACCGCUUCAAAAUGUUCGUUCAGGUGACACACGAGUUUAGAGGUGGCUUUGACAACCUCCUGUUCCCCUGCCCCUUGCUCGCCGCUGAAUGUUCUGGGUGGCUGUAAAUGGCCGGAGGCCCGAGUGCCACAGAGCCAUGUACCACAGGGGUUGGGAGAGCACGCAGAUGGGUUGGCCCUUUCCAAGGGUUUUGCAGAUGUGCAAUAGGAAAGGAACGAGGAAGACUCCCACGUUGGAUCUGUCUGCGAAGGUCUCCAUCCAACGGAGGCAGGCCAACAGCUGUCCUGGGGAGUCUCAGAAUAAAAGGGAGUGGAAUGUUUUUAGAAUGGCCAUCGCUCCCUGGCUUGGAUCCGCCAGUGGAAUGUUUCUGCAGGCUCAAGGGCAUCCACCGAUGGAACGUGACCCUUUGGCCUCCUCUGUCCUGCAGCAGCCCCAGAUGCCCCCCCCCAACUCCUGUUCCUAGGGGAGAGGGGACUCCAGGGACAGGCUAUUGAGGGGCAUUUGGGGCUGCCACAGGAUGAGGAAAAAUCAUACUCCGUAGAUGGAGGUUCUUGAGUCUGCAGAACCCAGAAUGGCUGACCACCCUCCUCCACGCCAGGAAAACAAGCACUUUUCUCCUGUGGCUUCACGGGCAUCCAUCUCUCCUUACUUUUUGUAGUGAACAGACUAUUAUUGCUUCUUUCUACAGUUCCUGUUCUGGCCCAGCUCAAGCUGGACCUAUCCCAGUGAACUACCUGUGGCGUACCUUUACACAGACCAGGGCCUAUGAAGAUUUCCCCUAUUUUAGGACCUUCAGCCUAUUCAAAGUGCACCCGAUCCGUUUAACUCCCUCCCAUUCCACAUUCCUUAAGAGUUCCCUAUGCAGUAAGAGGCUGCCGCACUUAUAUUUAUUUACUGGGGGGGGGGAGGGCAAGGGAAGGGGAGAUCUAAGCAGCCUGUGGUAGAAAACAUUUUUCCAUUAUAACUUGCCUCUGUUUGUGAAUUUGGGGGAUGUAAGACGUGUGUAAUAACUACUACGGAAUGUAUUUUCUCUCCGCAGAAAGCAAGUUUCUUCCUAAGCUUAGCAGUUGCUUACCUGAACUUGAACCUUCCAGGAGCCUGGGCUUUUGUGUAUCCAGGAGCUUUAGAUGCUGUUUAGGGAAAUGGGAGGCUUGACAAAAACCCACCACGUCCAUUACCUGCAAAGGUAUUUUGGGGUGCAAUUGGUAUGAACCAAGCCGAGCUGCCUAUUCCCGAGUCUAAUCCGAGUUUGGCCCACCUUCUCGGCUCCACCCUCGAUCGUAACAAUAAAUAGUAAUUAACACUCACCAGCUUGCCUGGAAAUGCCUGACCUUUCUUAUUGGUGCUGGCUCAGUGUUCAGAAGGUCCGUAGAAGCCGUGUCAUCCCUGCAGGAGAGCUUCGGUUGGCGCAGAGUUUCGGUGACGCCGCCUCUUGGCUUCAGAGCUCUCGCAGGCCAUGGAAUGUUCUCCUUGCUGUAUCGAUGGGACUUUGGAACAGAUGGUGGAUAUUUGACUCUUUUUUUUAAAAAAAGGAAGCAUUGGUUAACGGUAAUGCCUACCCUCAUUUCACUUUCCUUGUGCUGCUUAUUGGCAAACGCGAUCUUGGAUGUGCAGUACAACCGGUCCUCCUGUAGCUUCAUUAAUAAGUACUUAAUUGCUGUCUCACCUCCGCCUGUUCAGCCCCGGGGUCUGGAAAUGGUAUCCACGUAUCGAUGAGGCACCCUCCUCCCUUGUGCAGCGACUUUAAAGCGGGGGCAGGAGCACGAGAGAGGGUCUCGAGCAUCUGAAUCAGCGUAGCCUUAAAAUGUCUCUUGUAGUCCCAUUUACUGCCUUGCGUCAUGAAGGGGCAAUGCACACAGGCGUUCCUGUGUGACCACUCUGGCCUUGUGGGCUGGGGGGGGGGUUCUUGCUGCUAAUGUUUGGGCUUCUCCUGCCCCCCCCCCAUUUUUCUCUGCCCCAAGGUAUUGCCAGUUUCCAUAUUAGCCGUUUACAAAAUAAAAAGGUGCUAUAAAAAGCUGGCUCUAUUCUCAAAGGCAGCUGUUUCCAGAUGUGGUCUGCUCAGUACGAUGUCAGCGCUCUGGAACCAGAAGUAUUCUUCCUGUGCACAAGGGAAAGAUCUGCCACCUCUGGGAAGCUGCUCAGGCCAACGGCAUGGGCAUCCCAAAGGGUAAGGGAAACGAAAUGACCCCGCGCUCUGCUUGGGCUGAUCUCGCGAGAGCAUCGUGCGGGAGCGUGAGGAAUGGGUUCACGUGGCCCAUCCAUUCUCCAGCAUCCCCCCCCCCCUGCCCUCUCCGCACGGCAGUAGACGACAAUGGUGACGCCAGCCACUGGUGGUACUUCCGCCUUCACUGGGAUGUCAGAGGUCACAAAGGACCUGCUUUUUCCCUAGGAUGAUUCUGUGCCCUCAGCCAGCUGCUGUCGCACAGAACCAGGAGCCAUAGGCAGCUGCAGUAUGAGAGCAGCAGAAGCCCAACCUGCCAGCUCCCUUAAUUUUGUUGUCUUUUAAGUCCCACGACAUGUUUUUUCUCCUCUGGGAUGAGCUACGAACAGCCCCUCCUCUUCCCCCAUGGAAGGGGCUGAAAUAGGGUUCACCUUCCUUCCGGUGAGUGUUUUUAAGAUACUGUAACACACCCCUCGGGCCGUCUCUCCAAGCUGGCUCAUGGGCCUGCUGGAAUAGGUCUUCUGCAAACGGAAGAAACGCAGCAGUUUAAGUAUCGGAGCUCCUCUUUGAAGCGGCAGGCGUUCUCACGCUUAACAUUCCAAGAUACAUAGAUGGUUGGAGUAGGUUGACAGAAACCUAACAGAAUACAGUUUGUAGUCUUGACACAGUAGUAUACGUUCUUCCUGGUGGCAGAAGACUGAUAGCGUCUGAAUAGUUGCUAACUAACUGCUCUACUGGCCUUUUGCCACAACACACUCCCUGAGCCGGCUGAUCUUUUGUGCCUGUGACUUUGGCAAAGUAAAGCUGUUCCUUGCUGUAUGGGAAAGACAACGGUAAAUGGCUUUUUGUGAGGUGGGUCCAUUCCGGGUGUGUGUUAAACUUUUUAAAACAUUCCCAUAAACAGUAUGGAAGAGUAACUUGAGAGUGCAAGUUAUUUUUAAGAGAAUUUACAGAAUCAGCUCUGUUACGAAGCUGAAAUCUGGCUUUUAUCAAACUUUCUUUUUUUAGAAAAAUGCUCUUUAAUGGAAUGGAGCAUAUCCCCCCUUCUGGGUCCCCCCCCCCAUUUUUUUGAAGCUGUGAUUUGAUGUGGGCACCAUUGUACUCCUACUAAAACAUUUUUUCUUGAUUUGUGAUGGGAGUAAAGCAAUCACCCACCUUUCCCCCCCAUUUUGGUGCUACUGAACUGUUUACACGAGAGGGCAACCCUCCUACUCCCUGUUCGGAAGACAGUCUGUAUUAGCUAGGCCCUGGUCUGCGACGCUGGGUAACAGCCCUGCCCCUGCUCUCUGCAUCGGUUGUGACUCUGGUAACUUUAUAACUUAUUCUCCACUCCCCCCAUAUUACAUGGUAUACAGGUGGCAUUUUCAAUGUGAAUCCAAAGCUUGUCAGGUCCUCUACAUUUUGUUCUGCCUUUUAUGUUCUUUUCAUUGUGAUAAUGCUGUAUUUAAAGAGGAUAUUUAAGUGUAAAAAUAAAGAA